AUGUGGAAGCGCCGUCUCGAAAGACGGACAGCUAGAGGGCCACUGAAGAAGAAGGAUCCUGUCCGGAUAGAAGAGCACAUUUCAGACGAAGCAAGGUGUUUUCCGUACAUUGAAGUGGUACGCAACCGAGAAGAACGAAAAGCUUUACCAGGUUAUGACUGCAUUGAGUGCAAAAAGUACUACGAUGCACUUGGAGAGCUCGGGACUGUCGACGUGGCGGCUCAGAAACAUAAGUGUUCACGACAUCGUGCAAGGUUUCAACCGUAUGAGACACCUGAUGAUUUCUGGAGAUUGAGCUUUCCUGACUCGGAGCCGCAAUGA